AUGCAUCUAAUUAAAGAUAAUUCAAUUGUUGUUACUAAAAAUCAAUAUACAGCUGAAGAAUUCAUCCAAAAGAAAAUCGAUCUACUUAAAGAUGAAGUCGAACCGUUUUAUGCUGUCGAUCUUGAAGAUGUGUGCAAUAAACAUAUUCGUUGGAUUACUUUAAUGCCUCGUGUUAAACCACAUUAUGCUGUUAAAUGUAAUGAUGAUAUCAAUGUUAUCAAACUUCUUGCCUAUCUUGGAGCUGGUUUUGAUUGUGCAAGCAAAGGAGAAAUUAAAAAAGUUAUGGAUUUAGGAGCGUCAGCCGAUCGUAUCAUUUAUGCUAAUCCAUGCAAGCAAUCAUCUUACAUACGGUAUGCUCAAGAAGUUGGUGUUGAAAUUAUGACAUUCGACAAUGAACAAGAAUUAAUGAAAAUUAAGCAGAUAUAUCCAAAUGCUAAACUUGUUUUACGUAUUGUAACGGAUGAUUCAAAUGCUGUUUGCCGAUUUUCAAUGAAAUUUGGUGCUGACAUGAACACAGCACGUAAAUUAAUUGAUAAAGCUCAAGAAAUUGACAUGAGAAUCAUUGGCGUCAGUUUUCAUUGCGGUAGUGGUCAAAUGACAAGCAACGCAUUCGUUGAUGCUAUUCAAAAUGCUCGCAUGAUUAUGAACUAUGGAAACAAAUUAGGAUUUGAUAUGCAUUUACUUGAUAUUGGUGGUGGUUUUCCUGGAAAUACAGGAACUGAAGAUUAUUUUACUGAAAUUUCAGUAGCUGUUAAUCAAGCACUUGAGGAACAUUUUCCUGAUGAUGGUCAUAUUAAAAUCAUAGCUGAACCAGGUCGAUAUUACGUUGCUUCAGCUUAUGCAUUAGCAACAAAUGUAAUUGCUUUACGAGAAAUGGUCGAUUCAGAAACAGGAAACUUGAAAUAUAUGUAUUACAUCAAUGAUGGUGUUUAUGGUUCAUUCAAUUGUGUUCUUUAUGAUCACUAUGUACCCGAACCUCAUGUAUUGACUAAGGGUGAUUUAAAUGAAAAAUACACAACAUCAAUUUGGGGACCGACAUGUGAUGGUCUUGAUUGUAUUAAUAAAUCUAUACAAAUACCAAAAUUAAAUAUUGGUGAUUGGAUUUUAUGGAAAAAUAUGGGUGCUUAUACAAUAUCAGCUGCUGUUCAAUUCAAUGGUCUUCCAUAUGGCAAACCAAUCUACUUUAUGUCCAAACAUUUCUGGGAUUCGGUAAAAGCAGCAUUUCAGCUUAUUCCACGUAAACAUCAAGUUGAUACAUGUAUUAUGCGUAUGAAUUCAUGUGAUUGCUCAAAUGAAGUUGAAGAUGAUAUGCUACCAUGGAUACCUGAAGAUUUCAUUGAAGAAGCAGCCGUUGUCACGAGUCAAUAG